AUGCCCAACAGUAGCUACAUCGAUGCACUAGUACGCUCUCUCUACGAUGAGAGUCAGGAGCCCAACGUUGUCAUGUUAAGUGGAAGCCAGCCCAAAAUUCGAAGCCCCCAUGCAUUCGAUUCGCAGUCAGAGCCACCACGUUUGUUCACACGAUCAGCCAACACAUGGGGAGGACAGUUCAACCCUGAUCAUUUCCAGCGCAACGCGUUCGCUAUGAUGUCAGCAAGCCCUGUCAAUGUGGAGAAUGCAGCGUUCCCCGCGAUGACUGCCGCGUCGCAUCACAAAUAUGAAAAAAACAAAAAAAGAAGCGAUUGUAUCAACGAGAAAUCGUAUUUGGUCAACGGAAGCCACGUGGACGAAACCAUCGCCUACAACCAGUAUACCAUCGAUACUGCCGUCCUAGCUCCAACCACAGAGUCUCCAGAAAUCAAGCAAGUGAUCCUACAACAGUCUGUGAACUCCAUCAAGCAGACCAAGACAACAAUGGAACACAAGGUGGAUUUCUUGAUGAGACGCUACACAUCAGUAUGCCCAGAGGUUCGCUCGCGAGUCAACGCCGCUACCAGCAAAUUGUUUGACGUGACUAGUGACGUGCACGAAUUCACAAGCCUGCACGUCAUCGACAACUUGGGACAAGUGAUCGCUACAGGACCGGGACCAGGACUUCCAGCACCAUUUAGAGCCGCUGCCACAUACUUCCGAAUCGAGCUCCGAUUGGCCCCACGGCUUUGCUCCCUACGAACUGACAUUGGAAUCGACCCAACAAAGUUCCCACCAUCUUCCAACAGAGCUGUAUACGUUCCAGUGCCAAGAGUCCAGAACCAGAUGGACGUAUCCAUCACUCGCCAAAAGGUAAUGGACCAAGCACAUCACAAGGAAAUCAUCGCAGCAAUGGCAGCACUAGGAGAAGAGUUCUCAAUGAGAGCUGCGACCAGAGACGGAGGGCCCGAUAACGAAGCCUACGAAAAGUGGUCCAAGCAACAGAUCGCAAAGACCCAAUUCCAAGCGCUCGAACAAGCACUCACAGCCACCUACGUCGGACUACAACAAGGAAUGGAGACGCCAAACCAACAACUGGCAAAACUCAACAUGAUCUGA